UCACAAGACCCGGGAGUGUGGCCUUGCCGUCAUCGGUGUCUGGAUCUUCGCGUCGCGGCUUGGCAAAGGGUAUACCCGCAGCCAAGAUCAGAGGCCCAGCCAGAGUAUCGGGAACCUGCGGGUCCGGCACGACGAACCCUCCUCUUUAUCGAAGUGAUAUGCUGCCAGGUAACGACGUUUUGAAGACGAGGCUCCAUUUCCACGCCACCCUAUGGCCUCAAAUCUCUAGUUUCAACGGGUAGCCACCGAAAGCCUCUCCAACAAGGCAGGAAGAAAACAAAAAAAGCCUCCCGGUCGGGGGCUUGCGGGGGUAAAACGGGCGCACGGCCCAGUCCCUAUCUUUGCAGAAUCUCCGUCCGAAGGCUCGAGGAAGACCAACUCGGCUGCCCCGAAAAACUUUCUGGCCUCUUUCGUCUCUUGAAGCCUUGUGGGCUGGGCAGGGUAUGAGGUAGAAUCAAGCUUUCGACCUGCCGACUUCACCCCCCCGGCGGGGGAAGAUGCGAUGAAUAAAAGGGAUGACAACCCCCGCCCAGCGAAGGCGUUGUCGCGGCGAACUGCGUUUGGGAGGGCGCCUUGGCAGAGGUCCAAAGCCCGCCGAGGGCUUGUCGCCUCAUAAACAGCCUCCUUGUCCGGCCCCUGAGUGUCUAGGGUUCUUGCCGCCCUCCCUUCCGAUUGCACGCCAUCUCCUGUCGGCCUUGUUGGUAUACCAUAGCGCCCAUAUCGUAUCAUACCUCAAGGAUGCCUCGGAUGACUGAAGAGCACAUCAGGAGACUGUACGAUGAAUACGGAGAGCUGAAGAUGUUGGACGACAUAAUUCGCCACCGCGGAGCCGACGACCCUCCCGUCCCCAUUCUGGGGUACCCUCGACCAGGCACCGUUGAUGACUACGAAACCUUUACCGGCAAGCAGCUGGACUGCUUCGUCGACGCGGCCGCAAAGCUGUUCAUGGCCCGAGGCAUGGAACCCGUAAGGACACACCAGGCCGUCCUCACUGUUGCCCGCGAGCACCCCCACUAGCACACAGCCUGGUUCUGGCUGACGGUUCGUGGGGGGG